AUGAAUUUAAGUGGAGGUAUCAACAGGUUAAAUUCAAGUACAAACAAUUAUAGAUACAGCGGUCAAUAUAGUGAAAGCGAUUAUGAUCAGUCAAUUGAUGAAACACCAUCAGAAAGUGGUGAUCAAGAACCAUCACAUAAAAUUCCAAUUUUAGAAUAUCCAUCAUUUCUCAGUCAACCAGGUGAAGAAAAACCAACUACCGAUAAUGAUGAGGAUUUAGAGAAUGUUAUUUCAAAUUAUUUAUUUUAUGAAAAAGAUGUUGAUGUUUUAACAGAAAGAUUAGGUAAAACAUUAUCGACAUUGGAAACUGAAAUGAUUGUUGGUAUUUUAGAUUGUAAUAAAGGUGUUAAUGAUAUUAUUGGUCAGUUAGCAGAUAAAGAUGGAACUCAUUUAACAGGUGUAACUGCAUGGAUCGAAUAUUAUAAUGAUAGACUUCAAGAAAUGAAAAGAUAUAUAGAACAUAUUGAAUCAAAGAAUAAUAAAAUGGAAAUUGUAUCAAGAAAUCAGAGAUCACUUUAUUCAGAAUUAAAUAACUUAAUAAAUUUAAUGACACUAGACGAAAAAACUAUUAAAACACUUAAUGCACCUCAAUUUAACGAUACACUUGGUUUAGAGCAAGCAAUUAAAGUAGCAAACGAAUUAAAGAGAGCAUUGACAACAAAAUUAAAAAGUGGUAUGGAAAAUAUGGUUGCUGUCAAAGACCAAAGAAAAGUUUUUGAAACCUAUAAAAUCUCAUUUGCAAGAAAAGUAGCCACAUUAAUCGAUAAUAUUUUUAAAGCACCCGAUAAAGAAACUACAAAACCAUCAAGUGAAGAAGAAUUCCCCGAUCAUAGUGAAUACUAUAGAGUUUUAAACCACUUUAAACCAUUAGUUCAUUGGCUAAAAGAAAUGGAUAAUGAAAAAUUUAUCCCAAUCGUUGCACUAUACAUCAAAGCAUAUCGUCCAACCUAUAAACACGAAAUUAAAGAUUUCUUUUCAAACUUACAACACUCUCUUAUCAAAGAAACCAAAGACCAAAAUGACUUUUUCUCUUCCUCCUCAUCGUCUAAAAAGAGUAUUGAUCACAACUCGAAUCCACCACAAACCCCAACAAAAAAAGAUCAAGGUAAAAAACGUACAGUCGAUAAACUAUUUAGAUAUGCUUUAUCGUGUUUAGAGAGCUAUAUAAUGGCAAAGCAAAACUUUGUAAAAGAUUUCUUCCUCUAUCAAGACCCUCCAAGAAUUGCAGGUCAUCAUCACCAUCAUCACCAUCACAGAUCCGAUAGAAAAGAUAGAAAAGACAAGAAAGAUAAAAAAGAUAAAAAAGAUAAAAAAGAAAAGAAAGAUAAAAAAGAUAAAAACAAAGAUUCAGAUUCUAUUGACCAGACAACAAAUGAUGAUACAUUAACCUCACCAAAUGGUGGUACCGCCACAUCACCAAAUAGCCCACCACAAGAAUCAGUAGAUGCACCAUUGGAUCUAAUUUUAUCAGAAAUGUUUGAUGGGGUAGUUGGAGAACUUUGCCAAUUAGUCGAAAAAGCCGAUCAAAUCAAUCCAUUUUAUCAUUUAACAAUGUUGGUCGAUACUGAGCAAUACAUUUCAGCCCAUUCAAACAAAGACUCUGAACACAGCUCAUUCCUUAUUAAAAUUCUCUCUGAGGUCCAAAAAUCAAUGAAAACCUUAUUCAACAAGUUUUUAGAUGUUCAAGUUGAUGCCAUUAAAUCAACUCAAGUAUCAUUAAAGAGAUGUGGUGUUUUAGCACAUUUUAAGAAUUUCCCAGUUUUUGUAAAAGAGAUUGAAAAAUAUAGAUCCAAAAACGAAGAGGAAUCAAUUACUUCAUUAAUCAACUCAUCAUACUUCAAAAUUGUUGUAAACCUAUUUAAUUGGUUGGAAGGUCUUGUUGAAAAAUUACCAGAUGAUGAAAAAACAGGAAAAUAUAAAUUUAUUUCAAAAUUAGAAAACUAUUAUUAUUUUACAUUAAAAAUGGAAGAGUUAAAUAUUAAAUGUUUAGAACAAUAUAGAGAAACAUCAAGUAACAAAUAUCAAGAAAAUUUAAAAAUUUAUAUAGAUUAUUUAAUAGAUUUGAAGUUUAAACCACUUUGGGAAUUUUAUUCUAAAAUGGAUGAAUUACUUUUAACCUUACCACCAUCAGAUAUUCAAUUUCAACAGUCACAUUCAAAACAACAAUUUAAAAAAAUUGUUGAGAAAUUCAAAACUGAAAAUAUUGAUAAAGGUUUAUUAAAAGCUUUAUUAAAUAUUCAAAAAAAUAUUUCCAAAGAGACAAAUUUAAUUCUUUUUGUUUGGGAACAAUUAGAAGAUUCAUUUAUCGAAAAAUAUGAUCACUUCCAAGAGAUUACCCAACAAUGUUAUAAUCAAACUAUGCCUGUAAACUCUGAUCAAAUCAGAGGUAUAUUUGCAAAUGUAUACAAAAAGAAUCCAAAUAAAAAAUCUUAA